AGUAUAAAUUGAAUUCACGCGUUUUUGUAGGGACUACUAGCAUGUGCGCCGAGCUGAGUCUCUUGUGUGCUAAUUUGGGAAAAAUUAAAGAAAGUCAUCUUGUUUUUGAUCCUUGUGUGGGAACUGCCAGUCUCCUGCUCGCCUGCGCCCACUUCGGCGCGUAUGUGGGCGGAUCCGACAUCGACUCACGUGCUUUUGCACCGAGAGAUGGCGCUUCUUUAGCCACGUGCUUUGAACAGUACCGCCUGACAAAUCGGUUUUUGGAUGUUAUGAUUGGCGACAUCAGCCACCCUUGUUUCCGGGCCUUCCCACUUUUUGAUGCUGUUAUUUGCGAUCCUCCUUACGGGGUUCGUGAGGAUCCUAGAACUUGCCGUAGAGAUGAACUUUUUCUUAAGUACAGUGAGUCGAAACUUCCGAGUCAUCCUUCUUUAACGUUGAUUUCGAAUUCUGAAGAUCCGCUUACCUUUAGAUGGUCUCGCCGUUUACUUGUUAUGGAAAAAACUUCAGAAUACGAAGAAAAUGGAACUGAUCUCCCUGAAGCGCUAUCUUCGUACUACAAUAGCUUUCGAUUAAACAUAUUUAGUAAAGUCGGUGCGAUUGAAAAAGAAAUAAAAAUUUAA